CCUCGUACUCCGUACACCCCUCUGUUUGUUUCCCCUCCCCCCCAGCAGGAAAACAUUCGUUCCAGUGCUACUUCCUUGCACUUGGCGCACUUGCUUUGCACUAUUGCGCCGAACCCUUCGCUCCUUCCUGGCCCUUUUAUCCUAUACCAAUAGCGCUCUAUACUUCAGCGCAGUGUGGUGGCCCCUCCUUCCUUCCCCUACAAGUUCCAGCUCUGUGGCAUCGAUCAUCCAUCGUUCCUGCUCCAAUCGACUGAGCCCACCCCCCCUGGGAACCUAUUACAGGCCCAUCGCGAACUGUUACUACGGCCAACUCGUAGCCUCAGAUGUAUUGACUCGAUUUUCGCUCUUGUUCUCUUACAACUUUCUUCGCCGUCACCUUCAAGUCACUCGUUUUUCUCUUUUUUUCGGUCGCUUUCUCUUCAUCUCCUGGCUCAUCCACUUGGAUUGUCCAGGGCUGUUGAGAAUUGAUCGCGCCUGCCGCCCAUUUCGACAAUUGAGGACAGUGGGGGAGCGCGGAGUUGAAUGACGGUUGGAAAACACGAACGCUGAAGGAAGACAGGGAGGGAGAGGGCAAACCGGUCAUCGCACCGCGCGAAAUCGAAAUCGAAACUACAACAAGAAGACGAUGGCAGCUCGUGAGUCCCAGGCGGUGGAAGGGACGCGAUGCCCAGCAACGGGGAAUCGUAAACAGUCGUACAAACGUGGAGGGCCGGGUACCCGACGAUUGACCAAGUCGGUCGUGCUGCUCUCGAUACUAGCCACGGUGCCUACGGCUCUCGCUCAACAAAAUUGCAUUUCGCUCUCGGGCUCCAAGGCCUGUCCGGCUUUUAAUCUUUCAUCGGUAUCAGUCACUGGCGGUGUGGCAGACUUAUUCCCAUUCUUAAAGACAGUUACAGACACCGCUUCUUUCGAUCAGAAAUUACUUUCGUAUGUUAAAACAUCUUAUGUACAGCAGAAAUAUCAAACUCUCCUGGGAUGCUCUAAUAUCGACAUCACCAAUACAACCGAGCUUUACGCACGCUUUACCACUUCAGUUAUAUGUAAUGCGAUAAUACAGAACUCUAAAGACAACUGCCAACUCACCGCAGACGAGUUGGAGCCACUGUGUGCUGAUGCAUGCAGUCAACAAGCCCUCAGUGAAGGAAGGAUCAUUAACGAUGCUAGCCUUUGCACAACCUCGGGGUUUGAUCCUAACCAGCAGGUGGAACAGAUCCGCGCAGAUUUUAUCACCUGUUCAUUGCCGGCAAAUUCGCUGAACAGUGGAAAAUGCAUUAAUGGCAUCGAGAACGAGCCAGAUAACUGCGGUUUCGGAACAAGCACAGUUGGUUUGUGCGGGUACUGUGGGGCUGGUGGCCAGAAUUCAACAGACACCUGCUGCUACAACUCUCAGGCGGAAUCCGUGUGUGUUGGCGUUGUCCUGCCCAGCAUCACGAAGUCAAUUACUCUGCCAUCUUCAUCUGCGGGAUCAUCGUCGACAGCUUCAACAACACCGACAACACCCCCAGCAGCCGGUUCCUCAGGUGGUUCCAAGAAGAUCUCAGGAGGUGCUAUUGCGGGUAUCGUCAUCGGAGCAAUCGCUGGUAUCGCUCUAAUUAUCGGCCUCGUCCUGUUUUGCCUCAGACGCAAACGAGGUGGAAGCCAGAAUGGUAGCGUCUUCAACCAACCCAGCCCUCCUCGCAAGGGUGCCAGUAUGGUCCAGGCUCCUGGCUCUGGCCGCUCUGGCCCCCAACCACCUGCAGGCUUUGAAGUGCUUCCAGGUGGCCGCAUUGCUCGCAUGUCUGCCUUGGAAGGUGGUCACUCAGAAUCUCCUACUCGGGGCAGUUCUAUUGUUGGCGGUAGUGCUGCUGGUGCGGCUGCAGGGUAUGCUCGUGGCAGAAGACACGGUGGAUCCUCGUCCAGCGAGUAUGGCGAGAGCCCACAUUCCGACCAACGCAGAGGAGUUCUUCGCCCCCCACCUGCUGGACGCCGAAAUGGGUCGCUCUCGAGCGGCUCAGCCCUUGGAGAAGAUCCUACUUCUCCUAUGUCCGGUAGUGGAAACGAGCUCUCUUCGCCACAUGGCAUUGCAAGCCAGCAGUCAGAGCAGCUGGCAUAUUUCAAAGACUACUACUCUCAGGAUGAGAUUCACCCCGGAGAUAAGGUGUCGACCCUGUGGGCGUACCAGCCCCGCGCAGGAGAUGAGUUCAUGCUCGAGAGAGGUGACAUGCUCAAGGUUGUUGGAAUUUGGGAUGAUGGUUGGGCAACUGGUGUGAUUGUGGAUGAGAGGGCUGAAGAGUGGGAUGCGCAGAGAAAUGCCCAACGCGACAGCGGUGUUUCGAACACUGGACGUGUGGACCCGGCGCCGCCCGUCAACGGCGAAAUCAAGGCGUUCCCACUCGUCUGCGUCUGCCUGCCUGAGCACUGGAAGAAGACGAUUGAGGGAGACGGAUCGACUGAGACAAACUCAAGUGCUGCAGCGCACCCGUAAAUCUUCCAUGGGACUCUUUUUUACUCAGUUUUGCUCAGACCACGGCACGGCUUUAUGACGGCGUUAUAUUCUGUUUGACACGGCGUUUGUUUUGUGCACCACCACCCACUCUUGCUGUCAGGCCUUUUCCGACUCGACAAUCAUCAUUUCGAUCUCAAGUCCUCGACCGACACCCUCCAGAUAAAAUUACCCAAUUCUUUCUCCAAGUUGAAAAUACAGACGCUACACGACAAGUUCGAGGCGCGAAACAACCAUUCACACCACACAUUCAACCACCGCUCAAUGCCUGCCAGGCGCAACCUGGCAAUCAUGUUACGGCCUUUAUUCGACUUUCUACUUCACACCCCCUUAAUGCUUAAAAGCCACGGCCAUUUACAGAUCCAACGCCGUCUGGUCUCACAUUACUCAUUCUAGACAUUUAAGCAACAACCACUUAUUCUUUCAACGACACCGACCUUACCAUCAUCGGAGGCUAGCCUUGAUAAAAAGACGCUACAAUUUAUAACAGAUAAAGGGGCGACCACGACUUUGACGACUCGACCUCGUUCUGUUUUUUUUACGCAAGAUCAGCGAUCGCAUUCCUUAUACCCAUUUUCAUAUCAUUUUUUUUACUUUAUUUGUCGGGGAGCGGAGCGGAGCGGAGAGCAGCUUUGAACGAGUUGCGAGAGAGAGAGAGAAGGGGGAGGAGGAGGCUAUUAUGCCUGUUUUGAACCGCAAUUGCGGUGCGCUGGUGUGAAGCACUGGCGUGGCUGUUUUUGUGGGAUGUGAGAGGAGUGUGGUGUGGUGGUAAUUGAGGCUGGAAUGGGUGUAUACAUAGAACAUAGC